UGAUACAUAAACCCUGGCUGAGGAUCGAUUGGAUUUUCAAAUUGACUUCACUUUACCGCCAACAAAAGCAGGUCCUAUCAGAUACUAAUGCUUCCGUUGACAAGGUUAUUAAAAAUCGUCGCCAAUCGCACAGACGAAAGGCGGAGAAGCACUCUGGCCAAUCAGAUGAUUCAGUGUCCACCAUUGACGAGAAUUCACGACCAAAGGAGAGAUUGGCCUUUCUGGAUUUGUUGAUGGUAAAGGCGUCGGAGGAGAAUUCUGAUAUGAGUGAUGAAGUAUUAAGAAAUGAAGUUUCUACCUUCAUGGCUGCGGGUCUCGAUUCAACAGCUGUCGCCUUUAACUGGUUCCUCUAUCUCAUCGCCAAGCAUCCCGAUCACCAGAUAUUGGUGAUGGAAGAAUUGGAUCUGAUUUUUGGCGAUUCCGAUCGGCCGGUGACAGCGCAGGACUUGACUCGGCUCAAAUAUUUGGAGUGUUGCAUCAAGGAAACGUUGAGGAUGUAUCCACCUUUUCCGGCAGUAUCACGAUACCUAUCGGAGGACGUUCAAUCAGGUGGUUAUACCCUACCAAGAGGUCUGACAGUUGUCAUCAAUAUUUUCGCUGCCCACCAUGACCCUACGGUUUUCCCUGAUCCGGAUGCAUUCAAGCCGGAGCGAUUCCUUCCGGAGAACAGUGUCGGCCGACAUCCGUACGCCUUCAUUCCAUUCAGCGCUGGACCCCGCAAUUGCAUCGCCCAAAAAUACGCCAUGAUGGAGCUGAAAGUUUGUUUGGCGAACAUUUUACGACGAUUGAAAUUUUCUCUUGUUGAUCCGUCGGCUCCGCUAGAAAUUCCGUCACCUCAGCUUUUGCUUAAACCCAAGGAUAGCGAAUGUAACCUCAUCGUUUCUAAGAGAUUGGACAUUUCCUAAUGGAAUGUAUUCACGCAUGUGACAUUUACACUAUUCAGCCGUUUAUUGGGUUGGAAAACGAGAGUGUUUCAAGCAUGUUUAACUUGUUGGAAAAUGUAAUGCCAAGUACGAAUGUCAGAAAAGUCGAGCACAUGUUGUAUAAGAUCCAACACGAUUUCUCUUUCUCAGAUCUGAUUAAAUCUAAUAAUCCC